UUCCAGAUACGGAUUCUAAUUGGAUUCGAUAAGUAAAAUUGCUUAUGGACGAGUCUUAUCCAUUUCAGAGGCUUGAUUGAUGUGGAAGGUUCCAAUUUACCCAAAUAAAUCCUUUGCCAUUUGGUGUUGCAAAGCUUCAUGAUUCACCCAUUCCACAACAAAUGAUGAGGCCAACCAAAGACACUGCUCGAAGACGAGCCCGUCACUCUUCUCCACCCAGAUCAGCUCGAGCCGCCUCCACCUCCACAGCCUUCCCCUCGGAUCCUGACUCGUCUCUACCCAGGUCUCGCCAAUCUACACUAGCCCCCUCGGCUUCCCUCCUCGACCGCGAACAGCAGGACACUGUCGCUCUGUUUGAAGACCUUCGUAUCUCACAGGAGCACUCCAAUUCAAGCCCUGAACCGAGGAGUUUCCCGUACAGCGUGAAACAGCAAUGCUGGGAGAAGGCAGAGAAGGUCAAGGGCCGAGACCCGGGCCGGUGGCGUCGCGACCCACUUGGUAAUAUUGUCUUCAGAAAGCUUGUGGGUUGUCCUGGUUGCUUGUGUCAUGAUUACGAUCACAUUGUGCCAUACUCUAAGGGGGGCAAAAGCACACUGGAAAAUUGCCAGGUUUUGCAGGCAACAGUUAAUCGAUCAAAGGGAAACAAAACUGAGCUGUCUAGAGCUGAUCUUAUUCAGAGGAGUUCCUAUUGCCGUGUCUCUGGACGUGACAUGGAUCUUAUUGAGCUGUCGGCCUAUGGCAAUGUACGGCAUGUAGCGGAUUCAGGAGGUUGCAGAAUUCAAUGAUCAUGGCUACAGUAAGCUAUAAACACUGACAUCAAGAUUGAGCAAAGGAAUUUGAAUUCUAAUUAUACAAUUGAUGAAGCUUCUCUCUCAAUACUUUUGGAUAGAAUCCUAAGCACAGUCCUCGGCCUCCAAAAUUUGCGCCUUGAUAUGCAUAAAUUUCAUAUGAAAUUCAACUCUAAAUUCUAUGAUCUUACUAAAACUGAGCGAUUUUACGUUUGUCAAUUAACCAAGUUGGAGAGCAUCUUAUCCCCUCAUUUUGUAAUGCCAAGAAGAAUAUGUAAUUAAACAAUAUUCCAUAAAACCAGAGUUUGGAACUUGGGAGCUUGUCAGCUUAAUGAUGCUAUAUGGGCUGAGCCUGCAUGCCUGUAUACCUAGAAAGACAGACCCAUAUGGCUUGAAGUUGGCGGAAGGGGAUGCUCAUGAUUCGUGCAAAUUUGCAAAUAGUAAUCAUUUCCCAAAA